UUCUCACGUGGUUCCUCAGCGCAUUUUAGCAUCCUACAAAAUAGUGUACGUAAAAACAUCACACAAACAGACAAGAAGCUAUCUUCCCCCAUUCCAAUCCAACCCACCUUCCGUGCGACGGUGAUAGUAAAUACUUAAAGAUUCUGAAUCUAUGGACCGAUAGAUGUAUACAGCUUCAUACGUAUAUAUCCCUCUAACCAAACAUACAUUUCCAAGAGUCGACCUUUGGUACAGUGUCUGUGGUGUGAAGCUCUUGAGUGUGUUGUGUUGUUUCUGGGUUCGGAUCUCUCUCUCUCUUUCUCUUUCUCGAGUGGAAAUUUAGGGCUUUGAAACCAACAAAAUGUUUGGGUUUUCAAGAAGACGAAUCAAGCUUGUUGGAAGAUUAAAAGCACAACUUUCGGACUCUGCUCAGGGAACUAGAAGUCCAAUAAGGCAUUCUAAACAGGUAGGCAGCACUAAUGGGGAAGGUAUUGCAUCCAAAACCAACGAAGCCGAUGAACUGAACUGCAGGACUUCAUCUAGUGCGCCUGAGCUUAACAACUGCACCUCUGGAAGCUCUGAAAAUUGGAUGGUGCUUUCAGUCUCUGGAGAGAAGCCUACACCUCGUUUCAAUCAUGCUGCAGCAGUUGUUGGGAACAAGAUGGUGGUAGUUGGUGGUGAAUCUGGAAAUGGAUUGCUGGACGAUGUCUGGGUAUCGUCCUAAUCUUUGCUUCCUCUUUUCCUUUAAG